AUGAGCUUCCUCACAUCUGUCCAGGUUACUAGCCAGAACUUUUUCAGGGUGGAAGGGUCCAAAUCGCAGAACUUCUUGUGGAAUUCUCUCAUCGAUGGACUCACUGGGAACGUCAAGGAAAAACCAAAGCCAACAAUCGUUAAUGAUCCUCGGGCACCAGAAGAAAUCUUAGCUGAUGAACUGCCCCAGCUGGACAGCCCUGAGGCCUUAGUGAAGACAUCUUUCAGGUUACGGUCUUUGGUAAAACAACUAGAGAGAGGAGAGGCUUCUGUGGUGGACCUCAAGAAGAAUUUGGAGCAUGCAGCAUCAGUCCUUGAAUCUGUGUACAUUGAUGAAACGAGGAGACUUCUGGACACAGAAGAUGAGCUCAGUGACAUCCAGUCAGAUGCCGUGCCCUCUGAGGUCCGGGACUGGCUGGCCUCCACCUUCACCCGGCAAAUGGGGAUGAUGCUAAGACGGAGCGAGGAGAAGCCCCGGUUCAAAAGCAUCGUUCAUGCCGUGCAGGCCGGCAUCUUUGUGGAGAGAAUGUACAGACGGACAUCGAACAUGGUUGGACUGAGCUACCCACCAGCUGUGAUCGAAGCAUUAAAGGAUGUAGACAAGUGGUCCUUUGAUGUCUUCACACUGAAUGAAGCCAGUGGAGAUCACGCCUUGAAAUUCAUUUUCUACGAAUUACUUACCCGCUAUGAUCUGAUCAGCCGUUUCAAGAUUCCCAUUUCUGCCCUCGUCUCGUUCGUGGAGGCCCUGGAGGUGGGCUACAGCAAGCACAAGAACCCCUACCACAACCUGAUGCACGCAGCCGACGUCACUCAGACCGUCCACUACCUCCUGUACAAGACGGGGGUUGCGAACUGGCUGACGGAGCUGGAGAUCUUCGCCAUCAUCUUCUCAGCGGCCAUCCACGACUACGAGCACACGGGGACCACCAACAACUUCCACAUUCAGACUCGCUCAGAUCCAGCCAUUCUGUACAAUGACCGAUCGGUCCUUGAGAACCAUCACAUCAGUGCAGCCUAUCGACUUUUGCAAGAAGAUGAGGAAAUGAACAUUUUGUCCAACCUUUCGAAGGAUGACUGGAGGGAAUUCCGGACCUUGGUGAUCGAGAUGGUGAUGGCCACAGAUAUGUCCUGUCAUUUCCAACAAAUCAAGGCCAUGAAGACGGCAUUGCAACAACCAGAAGCAAUCGACAAGCCGAAAGCCUUAUCUUUGAUGCUGCACACAGCUGACAUCAGCCACCCAGCUAAAGCCUGGGACCUCCAUCAUCGCUGGACCAUGUCCCUGCUGGAAGAGUUCUUUAGACAGAUGUGUAACCUGCUGGGGAUAUUUAUUGCCUGUGAUGACAAAAACAAGACAGACAAGAAGGAUCAGUCCAAUGUUGGCAACGAUUCCAAGAAAGCAGACGGUGUAAAGCGACGUCCUCAUGGUUCUCCAGCCCCAAGCACAGGCUCCUCCAAUCGACUUACAUUGCCAGUCAUCAAGCCUCCCCUACGCCAUUUUAAACGGCCAGCAUAUGCCUCUGGUUCCUAUGCACCAAAUGUUCCAAAGAAGACUGAUGAUCACCCAGCAAAAUAUAAGAUGCUUGACCAGAGGAUCAAGAUGAAAAAGAUUCAGAGCAUCUCCCAGAACUGGAAUAGGAAAUAA